UCACUGGGCCCAAUCUGGCAACUUCUGCGUCUCAAAGGAGGAGUCUCGAGGAAGGUAUUUGUCAGACACAGUCAGUCCCAUCAGACCUGUCGAGAAAGCAGGACGCAGGAUUUCUGUGAAACUAUUUGGCAUUCACCUUAUCACACAGAAUGGCACAACAAGGAAGCAAGUCAGUAAAAUUCCACUGUUCAGUCUGUCUGGAUCUACUGAAGGAUCCAGUCACUAUUCCCUGUGGACACAACUACUGUAUGAGCUGUAUUGAAGGACACUGGGAUAAAGAGGAACCAAAAGGAGCCUACAGCUGUCCUCAGUGCAAAAAGAGUUUUAUAUUGAGGCCUGAGCUGGAGAAAAACACCAUGUUAGCAGCGUUAGUAGAGGACUUGAAGACAUCACCUGAAGAUGUUUCCUGUGAUGUCUGCACAGGAAAGAAGCUGAAAGCAGUGAAGUCCUGUCUGGUAUGUUUGGUUUCUUACUGUGACCAACACCUCCAGCCUCACUAUGAAUCCUCUGCCUUUGACAAACACAAGCUGGUCAAACCUUCCAAGGGGUUGAAAAGUAACAUCUGUUCAACUCACAAUGAGGUGAUGAAGAUGUUCUGCCAUACUGAUCAGCAGUGUAUCUGUUAUGUCUGCUGCAUGGACAAACAUAAACACCAUGUAACAGUUCCAGUUAAAGACGUAAGGGCAGACAAAGAGAAAGAUCUUAAGAUGAAUCUGCAGGAAGUCCAGAAGAAAAUUCAGACCAGAGUGGAGGAAGGUAAAGUGCUUGAGAAAGAGAUGGAGGGGAUCAAACUGUCUGCUGAUAAAACAAUUGAAGACAGUGAGACCAUCAUCAAUGAGCUGGUGAGUUUCAUCAAAGAAAAAGGCUCAAAUCUAGAGCAGCAGAUCAAAUCCCAGCAGAAAGAUGAAGAGAGGCGAGUCAAAGAGCUUCAGAAUAAGCUGGAGCAGGAGAUCACUGAGCUGAAGAGGAAAGAAGAGGAGCUGAAGCAGCUUUCAGACACAGAGGACCACACCGAAUUUCUACUCAGGUACUCCAUGAUGUCAAAACUCAGUGAAUAUACAGAUUCACCAAGCUUUAAAAUCUGUCAAGUUAAGUACUUUGAGGAUCUGCAAACAGCACUGUUAGAAGCCAGAGAAAACCUCAAAGCAUUUCUAAGUGAGGAAUGGAGGAAGAUCACUCUGACAGUGAGAUCAGUGGAUGUUUUAUUGCCACAAAUUGAACCAAAGACCAGAGAUGAGUUUUUAAAACAUGCAUGUCAACUGACGAUGGACCCAGACACAGUCCACAAAAAACUCUUCCUGUCUAAUCAGAACAGAACUGUAUCAGACAAUGCACCAAAACCAAAUAUUUAUCCUGCAUAUGCAAAAACGGACAGGUUUUCCAUCCAGCAGCAGGUCCUGAGUAAAGAGAGUCUGAUUGGACCUUGUUACUGGGAAGUGGAGAUGAAAGGGAGAGGUCUGUCAGUAGCUGUGACGUACAAGAAUAAAGAUAACCUGGAUCAAAGUGAUUUUGGAAGUAACAAUAAUUCCUGGGCAUUAGAGUGUUACGGCGACUACUACAAAUUCAGACACAACAAAAUCAAAACUUCCCUCUCAGGCCCUCUGUCCUCCAAAGUAGGAGUGUACGUGGAUCCCAGAGCAGGUAUUCUUUCCUUCUACAGCGUCUCUGACACUAUGGCCCUCCUCCACAGAGUCCAGACCACAUUCACUGAGCCGCUCUAUGCUGGACUGUGGAUUUGGAAGAGUUUUUGGACUGACACCACUGCUACAUUUAAUGAGAUCAAAUAGGCCGUCUUCAUUGGUUUGUGAACCCAUCUUGUUCUUGUGUUGUUCUUUUCUUUACUCACUGAUCAAAUGCCAUCAUCUUAAGCCAGGUGUCACAGUGAAACAUGAAAUAUUGAUUAAAAUCUCACAUUUCUUUGUGCACAGGAACUAGAAAUCAGUAGCAUCUAGGCAUGAUGAGUGCCAGUGUUUGCACAUGUAGCAUUAAUCAAAAUGUGAGAUUUGUUUUGUACGGCUUAUACUGUUGCUGUGAGGUUUUCUGUCUCACUGUAUGAAUCAUUCAUGAACUUUCUCAAUCAUUUUCUAUUUCUUCCUUUCACUUUUUAAGCAUUUAAAAAAAACCUGUAAUCAUGCGUUCCGUACACCCAUAAUAAUUUAAAAUCAGUUGUACAUUCAUGUUUAACAAUAAUUAUUAAAUGUUAAAAAUGAAUUAGUUGCAGCGCCUAUACCACCUACGACAACUGAGGAAGUUCAGGGUCUCUCCAGUGAUCCUCAGGACUUUCUAUACAGGCACUGUGGAGAGCAUCCUCACACAGAACAUCACAUCCUGGUUUGGAAACAGCUGUGUCAAGGACAAAAAAGCUCUUCAGAGAGUGAUCUGUACAGCAGAACGCUGCUGCAGGGCUGCACUCCCCUCCCUACAGGACAUUUACACUAAGAGAUGCUGGACCAGAGCAGCUCAGAUACUGAAGGACCCGUUCCACCCUAGCAAUAAACUGGUCCAUUUUCUGCAAUCAGGCAGAAGGUUCCGCACCAUCAGGGCAAGAACAGAGAGGUUGAAGAGGAGCUUCUACCCUCAGGCCAUCCAUGUGUUAAAUCAGGACCCCCCCCUUCACCAUCAACCAUAACAAACUGAUACAGGACUCACAUAUUCCCAUUUCAUGCCCGAUCCUUCUGACUUCAUUGCGGCACAAGUCACUUUAACGCCCCACUCACACAAUUUACACUCCCAAAUUUUGAACUGUAAAUUUCCAGAUUGUUUUAUUCUAUUUAACUUAAUAUAUAUAUAAUUCACUCACUUAUUGCACAUAAUGUCCUCUUUGUAUAUAUCUACUUACUUACUGUAUAUAAUGUUUUUCCCUCUCUAUUUUGCACAGUCGAGGAGCGUAUCAGGUCACAUUUCACUGCAUCUUAUACUUGUAUAACUAUGUAUGCGACAAAUAAAAGGAUCUUGAAUCUUGAGUCAGUGGGUUAAACAGGUUGAUUAAUUUUAAUAAUGUCUGGAGUAUUUAUUGUAUCAGUCCAGCUGUUACAUGAUGUCAUUAAAUUAGUUCUGAAUUUGUAACUUUUAUUGACUCGUUAUUGUGUUUGUAACAUUUGUGAUGACCACAUAUGAUCCUGGGUCUUAUGACCCAGCGGUUUCAGUUUCUUGUGUUUUGUCAUUUUGUAUUAUGGUUUGAGUCCACCUUGUUACUGUUGCACACUUGGAUUAAAAUGAAUUGAAACCAG